UAAUGCGUUUUGGUGGGAUGUUCAAGAGCAUACACUUUCUAUACGCUUGAGCUAACGCAUACUGUAAAUUCCUAUUUUUUUCUUGACUGGUCACGAGCUGGAUUUGAAAGAUUUGACAUUUAAAAAAAUGUGAGUCGCACAGCUGUAAAUCAUAUUUGCUUAAAAGUUUAUUUUGAGCAUCAGUCGACAUAACGCAUCACUGCUUGAUGCGAUGUACACCAAAGUAAAAUGAUAGGAUCAGGCAUUAAAUGACUAGUGUUUGUAUUACUAUUGUGGCUGGAUUAAAUGAACAAUUCCAAAGAAAGAAAUGGCAUCAUGAAAUUGUUCAAAUCAGACCAAUGCGCAUUGUACGCCCCCCGUGGUUGCAGGGGGAGGUUUGAGAAUGAAGAUAGAGGAUGACCUAGAAAUUAAAUGCAGAUCGAUUGCAAUGGAUUGUGAAGUUUAGACUAAUAGCUGAAUAAACUAUUACAGUAUCGUACUACACAUCAACUCAAGGUGGUGCUGAACUCACUGAGGACAUUUCCAUAAGGAUACCAUUCGCUGAUUUGGUACACGAACUGUGGAUAAUCAAAAUGCUGGAUGCCGGAACAGAAGAAAUGAGAAUCUAUUCUGAACGUGCACGAGAAGACAUUUGAAGAAGGUCAUGAAAUUGAGAGGAUGAUAAUGCUGGAAAAACAGAACUCGACACAGGAGAUCGGAGAGGAGGUGGAAGAGGGGGCAGUCUUCACCAUCACCCUGAGGAAGGUACAGUUGCACCAGUCGGCCAGUAAGGGACAGCGAUGGCUGGGCGUGGAGACAGACUCUGCUCUCAGCCUGUAUGAGACGUGUAAAGUACGCACCAUAAAGGCUGGUACGCUGGAGAGGCUGGUGGAAUACAUGGUGUCUGCGUUCAGGGGGAAGGACUCCACCUACGUCACCAUCUUCCUCUGCACCUACCGCUCCUUCGCCACCACCAAGGAGGUGCUGGACCUCCUACUCAACAGGUAUGCCAAUCUACAGAACCAACCUGGGAUAGAUGUACACAGACACACUCAGGAUGACAGCACAGAGCUCAGAAACACUGUGUCGUCCAUCCUGGGAGCGUGGCUGGACCAGUACUCAGAGGACUUCUGGAGCCCUCCACAGUAUAGCUGUCUACACCACCUGAUGUCCUACCUGCACCACCACUUCCCUGGCUCCGACCUGGAGCGCCGCGCGCGCAACCUGCUGGCCCUCUUGCACCGUAGGCAGCAGUGUGAGCCCGACCUCGACGUGGAGCACAUUGGCUGUCCCUUCGCCACGCAGGAAGAGAGUGGCUUUGAAGACGAGCUUCCUGCCCUGAACUUCUUGUUCUUUGACCCCAUCAUGGUUGCCGAGCAGUUCACACUCAUGGAUGCGGAUCUGUUCAAGAAGGUGGUCCCUUACCAUUGCCUGGGGGGCAUCUGGUCCCAGCGGGAUAAGAAGGGGAAGGAACACCUGGCCCCCACCAUUCGGGCCACAGUGGCCCAGUUCAACUGUGUCACCAACUGUGUCAUCACCACCUGCCUGAGCAACCCCUGUCUGAAACCCACCCAGCGGGCUAGACUGGUGGAGCGCUGGAUAGAGGUGGCCAGGGAAUGUCGUAUCCUCAAGAACUUCUCGUCCCUGCGAGCUAUCCUCUCUGGCCUGCAGUGUAACUCUCUCCACCGACUCAAGAGGACAUGGGAUGAGGUGUCCAGAGAGAAUUUCCGCACCUUCCGUGAGCUGUCAGAGAUCUUCUCAGAUGACAACAACUACUCUCUAAGCCGAGAGCUGCUGGUCAAGGAGGGCACCUCCAAAUUUGCCACCCUGGAAAUCAACCCUAAACGAGCGCAGAGGAGACACCAACAGCAGAGAGACUUGGGGGUGAUGCAGGGGACCAUUCCUUACCUGGGCACCUUCCUCACUGACCUGGUCAUGAUGGACACAGCUAUGAAAGAUUACACAGAGAGUGGACUCAUCAACUUUGAGAAGCGACGAAAGGAGUUUGAGGUGAUAGCUCAGAUUAAGCUGCUGCAGCUGGCAUCCAACAACUACAGUUUCACCCAGGACAGCUUCUUCAGGGAGUGGUUCUCAGGAGUGGAGAGACUCAGUGAGGCAGAGAGCUACACUCUGUCCUGUGAGAUUGAACCACUGUCAGAGUCAUCCAGCAAUACUACCAGAGCCAAGAAAAACGGCGGCAUCAUGAAACGCUGGAGCGAUCGCCAGUUAACUGAGGCCAGCUGCAGCAGUGCAGGAAGCUCCCAUUCCAAGUUGUUUGACCAGUCCCACAUCAGACCGUACCAGAGAGGGGGAGGUGAUAGUGGGGACACCCUCAGCGUCACCUCAGCUGGCUCCAGUGGCUCUGACCUGGAAGAUGUCAACGCCAGCUUCCUGUCUGACUCUCCGGAUGCCCACGAGAGAAAGACCUCUACAUCCUCAGUAAAACAUUCCGUCUCUGCUUUGGGGAAAGAAAGCCAGACUCGUGAGCCCAACUCCACGUUUUGGGAGUCCACCUCCCUGUCUUCUCUAGACACCUCAGGGAUGGGUUCUGGUUCGGGCUCCAGCAGCGCCUCGUCCUCCUCUGUGUCCUCCACCACUCCUCUCCCAGGUGCCUCCCGCUCCCACAAGCGGUCCGUCUCAGCCGUGUCCUGCUACUCUACACUCUCACUGCCCCUCUACAACCAGCAGGUGGAUGACUGCUGCAUCAUCAGAGUCAGCCUAGACGUGGACAACGGCAACAUGUACAAGAGCAUCCUGGUGACCAGUCAGGACAAGACACCAGCAGUCAUCAGCAAAGCCAUGGUGAAACACAACCUGGAGCGAGAGAAAACGGAGGACUAUGAGUUGAUGCAGAAAAUCUCUGAAGAAAAAGAGCUGCGGAUCCCAAACAAUGCCAACGUUUUCUAUGCCAUGAACUCUACCGCCAACUAUGACUUUGUGCUGAAGAAACGUGGCUUGUCCAAGAAAGGCCGGGCCAAGAGUGUAGCCAGCUCCACGCUGCCCCGCAUGAAGCAGAAGGGCCUAAAAAUCGCCAAAGGCAUCUUCUGAGGACGAGUGUCCCAGCUCGCUGUCAGUCUGAUGGAUUAAGGCCCUCUAAAUCCACCUAAGCUAAAGGAUCUAAGAACUACACUAGAGACGGAGCCCAGUGGAAAACAACAACAAAUCAUGUCUGCAUGCAUCACAAGCAGGCAGCAAAGCAGGAAAAGCAAUUACCGGUAUCAGACUGAUGUCUUCUUGGCUCAGGCCUUGAUGAAGGGGAGCUUAACAAUGUGCUGUCCCUAUCCCUUCGUGCCUAAGUUUGUGUCAGUGGUGUUUACAAAGGGAAUAUCAUAGAGAGUGUAUAGCGUACAUAUGGCCACGUUAUAAACUCUCUCUGACUGUGUGGUGAUUAGAGUGGUGUUGGUAAAUGUUGUACUGAGGAGCAUAGAGGAAGGCACAGAGAACAAUGAUGGCCAGAUUUAUUAAGCCAAGUUAGUCUCGUGAGAUAAAAUACAUUUUCAAGAGAGACCUGGACAAAGAGACCCGAUGUGCUAUCCUGGUGGAGUGUGGCACUUUUCCACUGUGAAUAGAUGGAAAGGUGGUCCAUUGUAAGUUUGAAGAGUUGAAUGCAGAUACUGCCAUAUUGAAUAUGGGUCAAGGUGUGUGAUCAUUUCAGAGAAAACAAGGUGUGGGGAGUAUACACUCUGUUAAGAGACAUACAUCUUGUUUUAUUGAGUUAUAACCAGGACAAGGAAGAAGGACAUUGCAGUGGGGCUCAAUAUGCUCAAUAGAAACAUUUCAAAGAUUACGGAGGGUUGGUGUAAAACAAAAAACAGAUAAACAGUGAGGAGUGAUAGAUAUUUACAAAAUACCAACACAGUAUAAUAUCAGCAUUACUUUGCAAUGGACCUUUAUGUUUGAUGAUGUUACCAUUACAGUUAGGCUAUUUGUUUGGUACUCUUUACUUUGCUAUGCAGCUGCUAAAUGUACAUUUUAUAAAAGGUCAAUAAUUCACCUUAUUUUUUUACAAACGUUUUUGGGGGUGAGGACAGGCAUGACGUUAGGACUCUCCGAUGACAGCAUUUCAUACCACCCGUCCCUACUGGACUAUCUCUGUAUGGAAAACAAUGGUUUACAUCUUUGUACUAACAGUGGGAUAGUGGUAUCAUGUAUAAUCUGUAACUGCCAAUGAUUCUCCUUAUGGCUGCCCAAUUUCUGCUCCAUGCAUGCAAGAGGAGGUAACAGUCCUCGCCUCACAACAAAAAGCAGUGCACUAGCCCACACCAGCUUCUUCUUACUUACAAUCUUAAAGACAGAGUGAGAGUAAUGACACAAACUCUGAGAUUCUUACAAGCAUGCCAGUGGUUGUUUUUUGUCAUGGAAAAUACAGACAAAAAGUUGUUUGUCAUUUCACUGACAUUACAUGCCUUUAUUGCUCAGUGCUGCAUGCUGGUCCCAACCCCUUUAAAUGGCUUUUUAAAACGGUCCUUUCCUUGAUGACCAUGAUAGAACCAUAGAGGUAGGGGAAAGCAAUAUGGUGGAAACUCCCCUGUGAUGGGGAUUAUCCAGACCUCUUGUAUGCAUGGCCUGGAAGGGGCGGAGAAGAGGCUGUUCUUUUGGGACAUACAUAGCAUAAUGAUUGGUUGUCUCUGCUGUGCUUUGUCACUGUAAUUUGCUACUUACACUGUGAUUGGGUCUUUGCCGAUCACUCUGAUUGGCUCCCUUCUAUGCUGAACACUGUGAACACACAUUGGUUGUGUUCCUCUGCUCAGACGUUGCAUGUAUCAAUCAAUGGUUGCGUGCCACAUCAUUGGCUGUGCAGUUGGGAACCAGAUUGCUAUAACAUAUGAUUUGGUUAGCUGACACAUAAAAUACCCAUCUAAGCGUUGUAAGAUCUGUCAUGCAUCAGCAGCGUCUGAGCAGAGGAAUUACGACCCUUCUCUCUCUGUCUCGCUCUCCAUUAUGACACAAUGAAAUAGUAAAAGUCAACCCUGACAGAGAAUAGAUAGAGGUCCAUGUGGUGGUAGAAAUGUGUUCAGGGCAUGGAGAAAAGGAGACAACUGGAUUACCACUAUAUGUGCCAAAGAGAUGAGGGGGCCUGUCACUCUCAAAAGACAAUAUUUGUUUCAUUUCUCUAUCACUUGAAUUUUCUAGGGGAGUUUACCAUUUCUGAGUGUUAUGUUCUGAACACUACAACAUCAUUCUAAGAACCUCAGAUACACUGUUCAAGCCUAGGUGGCAGUGCGGUUACUACUGGUUACCCUUGGAGAAACUGCACCACUUCCCUAAAUAGUAACAGUCCUUUGGUUCUUUUCAAAGAAUGGGUUCAGUAUAAUUUAUGCUUUACAUAAGUGGCUGUGUUUACUUCCACUUGACUGAUUGUUUUGUGGUGUUAUUCAUAAUUACUGGAGCUUGCUUUGCUUGGCCUGGAAUGACUGGUCCUCUGCAGAUUUGCAGUAUCUGUCGCCUUUGCCAUUAUAACUGAGUUAAAACCUUUGUGUGUUUGCAGUGUCUUGUCUCUCAUGUUUUUCUAUUCCUAAUGAAUUAACAAAAUAUUGAGAUGUCAUACUAUAUGGAAUUGUCUUUGUUUAUGUCUUUGUUGACCUGGCAUUAUUUAUUGGUUUGUACAGAAAGAUUUUGUUAUGCAUUGUAUAUUAUUUCCUCUCUUGUGUAAUUAUAGAUUAUUAUAUAUUCAUGUAAAUACAAAUAAACACUUAAGUUUACAAAAGUAAAUACUCA